AACGAUCGAGAAAAUUGUUGACUUGAAUCGCGCCGGUUUCACUUCCUGUUUCCUGAUGCUGUGGGUGCUGCGUAGCACGUGUGUGGGACGCGGUAAUUUCUUUUCUGGAUCUUGUUCAGCUUGAAAAGGAUCUGAAGCAACUCAGCCGUUAUCAUCGUAUCAGAAGUUAUUCUGAGAUCGCAUCUCGUCAGCAUGGCUAACGAUCAAGAAAAGGCCAACGUGGAAGAUUUAACGGACGAGGCGGCUGAUGAGGUUAAGAACGACGCCGAGCCGACCGUUGCCGAUGCCGCCGACAACGCAAACGGGGAAAGUGCGGAGCAACCGUCCUCGGCGCUCCUGGAGCAGAUCAAGUCGCAAAUAGAGUACUACUUCGGCAAUGUAAAUCUGCACAGGGACAAAUUCCUCAUUGAACAAACGAAGCUCGAGGAGGGCUGGGUGCCGAUGAGCAUCAUGUUGAACUUCAAGCUACUGGCCAAUCUCAGCAAGGACGUCGACGUGAUCCUCAAGGCUCUGGAGACCAGUGAUCUCAUGGAGAUAUCCGAGGACAGGAAAAAGAUACGGCGCUCGCCGAAGCAUCCCUUGCCAGAGUUCAACGAGGAGUACAGGAAGGCCCAGGAGGCCAGGACGGUUUACGUUAAAGGCUUCCAAGCAGCCGAGACGACUAUCGAGGAGCUCAAAGCAUUUUUUGACCCAUACAAACCGAUUGAAACGAUUGUAAUGAGGAAGUAUCAAGAUAAGGAUAAGACUUACAAGUUCAAAGGCUCUGUUUUCGUACAGUUUGAAACUUUGGACGGUGCCAAAGCCUUCAUGGAUAAGGAAUCCAUAAAGUAUGGAGAUGCAGAAUUAAUCAGAAAAUGGAGUGCAGAUUAUACCACAGAAAAGGCACAAGAAAAAGAAGAACGUAGGAAGAAGAAUAAAUCAAAGAAAUCAGAAACAGAAGAAAAAGAAACCGAGCACGAUCAAGCGUCUGUAGGUGCGAAUAACAAAUUGCCGAAGGGUUCGGUUAUUUUCUUCUCUGGUGUUUCCAAGACGUGCACGAGGGAAGACAUCAAAAAAUGUUUGGAAACGUACGACGUCGAUAUCGCGUAUAUCGACUUCCAGAGAGGGAACACAGAAGGAUGGAUACGCCUGCAGGGAGAAAAUGCCGCUAAAGUUCUACUGGACAAGACUCCGGAACACAAGCUGAAAAUUCACGACAACGAGGUCGCCUGCAGAGUUCUCGAGGGCGAGGAAGAGGACAAAUACUUAGCGAAAGUGUUGGAAGAGAUGACUGCUACAAAGAUCAAGUUCAGCAAGUCGAAGCGGGGCGGAGCCAAGAAGGGGCGCAACGCACGAGGUAAGAAGAGGACUGGCAGUCCCACUCACGAUGCACCCUCAGCCAAGAAAAUAACUACCGAAUGAAGUUACACUUGACUCGCGAGACGCGAACGAGAAGUACACAAUGUAUAUUACUUUUCUUUGUGUAUAGAGAGAGGAAAAAUGUUAAUAAUUAUGCGUAGCAUAAUCGAUCACGGAAA